GGCUGAAGCUUGCAGGAGACGAACAGGAGACUUGCAUUUCUGAGUGCAGAUCUGCCUAGAGAGACGAUGAGAUAAGCCCUCUCCAAUGGACCACAGUACCAUCAACUUCAAGCAGCUCAAGCUGGGCAAGCUGAAGGUGGUACGUCGGCACUUGCUCCAGAGGUAUGAACACCAGCCUUUCAUCUCCUGCCUGGCUGGGCUCUACAGCUGCCGGUGGAAGCGGUACCAGCGCAAGAAGGUUGAGCCAGGAAAAUGCUGCUGCAAAAUGCGGGAGUGUGUGUUUUUCCCAGUUCUCAUUGGAGCAUUCUGCCUUUCCUUGGUCUUUUUGUACAUGUGGGGGGAAGCGAAGAAUGACUACAACAACUUUGACUGGUAUAACUAUGGAAAUUUAGGCUUCUGGUUUCUCUGGUCUGUUGUCCUUCUGAUUUUGGCUUCAGUCUUUUUUAUAUACAUUGCCCUCUUACUGGUCCUAGCAAUGUGUUUGCUGUCGGAAGGCCAGCAGUUGUACCUGCACUGGAGUCACAAGAUCGGGACUUGCAUUGUACUGGGAUUUUCCAUAGCUGCCAUCGCUGCAUUAUCUGAGCUGUGGGGGGAUCAGUGGAAAACCGUCCGCCUCUCAUUCCAGGUCACGGCUCCCUAUCUCCACAUUGGUGCCAUAGCAGCCAUGGUCUUUCUGUCCUGGCCUGUGGCUCUGCACGCUGUCCGGAUGGAUAGAAAAGUUGUUCAGAUGAUAAUUAUUGGCCCCUACCUGGCUCUCCUUGUCUUUCUUCUCUUGAUACCUCUGGGGAUGUACUCUCCCUGCAUCAGAGAAGUGGGGACGCUGGGACCCAAGCCAACUCUCAUCGGACACAGAGGCGCGCCAAUGGUGGCUCCAGAAAACACUGAGAUGUCAUUUCAGAAGGCCAUUGAAUAUGGGGUGAAUGGGCUUGAGACAGACGUCACAAUUAGUUAUGAUGGGAUUCCCUUUCUGAUGCAUGACGGCAGCUUGAAAAGGACCACAAACAUCCAGGAAGUCUUUCCCCACAACGCUACACAAGAUGCAGCCAUGUUUUCUUGGGACGUCCUAAAAGACCUGAAUGCUGGGAAGUGGUUUUUGGAGGACAGACCCUUCUCCUAUGUGGGCUCACUGUCAGUGGCAGAACAGAAACAGGCCAUGAAUCAGUCCAUUUACAAACUAAGUAAUUUCUUAAGCCUGGCUGAGCGUCAGAAUAAACUCGUGAUCUUUGAUCUCUACCGUCCCCCGGAGCAGCAUCCGUACAGGAACACGUGGAUCAACAGGACGCUGGAAGUGAUCAGCGACUCAGGGAUUAAGCCCCAUCUGGUCCUGUGGCUGGAGGAUGAGAUGAGGUCCUUUGUUCAGUCCGUAGCUCCUGGGUUUCAGCAAACGGUGGGGAGAACGGUCCCGGUUGAUGAGCUAUUGAGAUAUAAUAUUGUGAAGCUCAAUCUGGUUUACACCCAAAUGUCCAGUGAAGAUAUCCGGACAUACGCCGAGGCCAACAUCACCACCAACCUCUAUGUCAUCGAUGAGCCGUGGCUCUUCUCUCUGGCUUGGUGUGCCGGUGCCCACUCAGUAACCACCAACGCCGCACACUCCCUGAGGGACCUUGACCAGCCUCUUUUCCUUAUGACGCCAGGGGACUACAGAACCAUGUGGGUCCUCACAGAUGUGUUCUCCGUGCUCCUCGUCGCACUCAUCUUCGCUCUGCAUUGGUGGAGGGAGCAGAGCUGCUUCUGCUGCUCCAACAGCAGCGGCCCGGUGCUGGAGAACAGCACGUACAACAAGUUCCGGACUGAGCUCAAUGAUUUGCCAUCUGUGCUGGUCUAACGGAGCAAGCCCCCAGGUGUGGAUCCCCGGCCCACGGCACAGAGAAUGGAUGUUGCCCAGAAGCUAAAGCUCCACGACGGCAUUGGCCUGGGGACUCAGCCCAGGGUGACUGCAAGUAACUUAAGCGAGAAGGGCCACCCUCAUGCCUGGUGGGAGGUCCCAGCUUAGGCCUGGAGGUUGGCAGGGGAAUAUGGAUUAGCCCAAGAUGCCUCACACCUCUGGCCCACACCUUGAUGCCCAUGAGGUGCCCCCUCUCUUCUUACAUGCCUCGGACUCCUCCUAGAUAGCUCUACCUGGAGGGAGCCCUUGGAGGUUGCUUGGGAAGUCGGAUGGAUGGGCAAGCAUGUGCAGCCAGAAGCUGAGAUAUAAGAGGAAGGGGGUCUCGAGCCAGAGCUGGGCCUGUCUCAGUGCUCCCACCCACCCUUUUAAUAUCAUAAAAAGUCUCAUGGAAAUGUGGCUUUUCCCAAGUGCAUAACCCCCCUUGUUUUUUUUAAUGUAUUUUUAUGUGGAGAACUAGAGCCACUCUGUACAGCGCGCUUCUGCCAGGCUCCCUGAAAUCACCUGCUUCCAGGUGGGAAGCUGCGUGUCACCGUCCCCCUUGCCGUGGUGAGGGGCAGCCCCAGCUACAGCCUUGAGGGUUGGGUAGGGUGGCAGCCAGCUCACCGGGGGUGUUGCGGGGGGUCGGGAGGUAGCGGACUUGAUCCAAACUCCAUCCAAGUCAGUAAGUGUCACACCCCUGGUCUUACUGGGCUUUGGGCCAGGGCCCAAGAAGAGCAUGUGGUUUCAAUGGGUUAGCACCUCCUUCACAGUUGAGCCCCAGUGUGGCUGGGGUGACUGCACCGUUGGUGGAAGGGCCCUGCGGCAUGACACUCCUCUCACUUGGCACUCCUUGGGAAAGAGGGCGGCUGGGAUGGCUGAAGAGCUUUGGCCACCCAGUUCCCACUGACACCAAUGGGAAAUGGGUGCGUAAAGCCCCAAGGCACCAUGCAGAUCUGCACCCUCGCGUCCCAGAGGGCCGGGGUGGCAGAGGCAUGCCUUCCACCCAGUCACCUCCAGUAAGCAUCUGAAUCCCCCAGUCUCAGCCCUGCAGUUUCCCAGCAGAUUGAACGUGUUACAGAGAACUUGUCCCAUGCUUCACCUCGCUUGCCCCUCCUCUGGGCUGUGCCCUGUGUCUCCUGCCUCUCCUGGCAACCCCCCUUCAGACCUUGGCAUGGUCAGGGCUGCUCCAUACUGCGUGCAUCUGAAUAGUCCACAUGUGCUGCUGCAGCAGCAUGUGAAGGCUGCUUGUCUUGGUGCCGUAUGGGCCGGCGGGUGGAGUUGAGAGUCCAUGUCUGCCCACAACGUAGGUACAGCCUAGGGAGAGGGCGAUGCCAUGUUUCACUCCACCCUGCUCUGCCUCAGCCCUGCCAGGAGAGAGGAAGAAGCACAUCUCCUCUUAGGGCAGCCUCCCCAGAGAGGUCAAGCACGUGGGGACUCACUCAUGGUCUUGGAAAUGGGGACUCAGUGCUUUGGAGACAUGACCCCCAUGACUAUAAACCCAGCGCACAAUCUGUGCUGCACUGACUUGCCCAUGAGUCCCACCCCCCAAAACUUUCCCCUUCAGAGCAUCCCUUAUCAUUGGCCCUAAAUCCAGAUGGUUGCUGGAUUCCCAUGGUGGGCCUCAGCCCUUGGUUUUCCCUCUCUGUGCGGGGAGGGGGGGUCAGCGCUUUCUAGGACUAAGCCAUACAACCCGUACUUGAACAUGCAACGAGGCGUUUCUUUGUACACAGCAGCUGCUGUUUUGAAUAAAGUUGAGCUCAUGC